AUGCCAUCUCAUAUUGCCUUGCUCGUUGUCGUCACUGCCGUGAGAACUAAUAGCAUAUGCUCAUACGGUCACGCCAAAUACAAACUUACUGAACAAACAUCUCGUACUAUUAGGUGGAAAUAUUUUUUUUCUACUAAUUCUCCAUCUCAAUUGUUUGCUCCCGGUGAUUUGGUAUUUAUUUCGGGUAGAUGUGUUGUUGAAAAUUCUGAGCAGUGCGUGACCAUCGUAUAUGCUAGCAUUAUCGAUAAUAAUUCUAGCCGAGAAUUCGACCUUACUGGUGUCCCGAUAUGCAUUCCGCACUGUAUGGUUUUUGUUCUUGUUAAUCAUAACCCGAAACAAACCAAAGAGUUUAUUCAUUUUGGCAUCGAAACUGUUGAAUAUAACGCUGUCACUGGGUCCUCAAAUAUUAAAAUGGAAAUAAUUAUUCUUUAUCCGUCCCAAUCCACAAGAUUUAAACAUUUGGGUACUUCAGGAUCAAAUAUUAAAGUAGGAAAUACCUACCUCGUAUCGGGUCUCCUUAAAUUCUCUGAUUCUGGCAAAAUAAUGAUCAAGGCUUCUGAUAUCGAUUUUUCAAAAUUACCUCCUUUAAAUCUUAUGCUUCCCGAAAUUUCUUCCUCUACGUCAUCAACUACUCGCUCGAUUAUUGAUAUUAUUGCAGAUGAUAUUGAUUCCAACACUGACCAAUCAUCUACAAAACCUUCUUCUAUUAGGUAUAAUAACAUCCUCGCUUCUAGUUCCUUCGCAACGUUAUCCGCUUCAACUGCUGCUGAUAUUGAAAUUAAUUCAUCGGUUGAAAAGAAUAAUUACAUUGACUUAAAUGCAGAGGAUAACAACUGUGAAUGUGAUUCUGAUCAUAAAUACAAUGAAAAUGAAGAUUCGGAAGAUGAUCAACCUAAGAAGAGGAAAAGGAGUGCAAGAAUCAAUAAGAAGGAUAAAGGGAAAAAAUAUUAUGAAAAAUAA